AAUGCAAUCAAUUGCAGUCGGUAAUCUUUAACCAAGAGAGUAAGGCCAAUAUGAAGAACAGCCAGGCUACAGGGUCUUUGACCGGCGCAAUCGAGUUGGAAACUCAAACCAUUCAAGAACGAAACAACCAUACCAUCAGCUCAAAAGAUCAGAGAGUGGAUAAUACUACAUCAACAUCCAAUGCAGUUCGAGAUGCCGUCCCUUCAGAGAGAGAUGCAGAGUCACAACAAGAUCAAUUUCCAACUGUGGUUGCGCAUGCACUCGAGAAAUGGAAUGAUCCGAGGGUGAAUAUAAGUAGAUUGUUCGCUACGUUUUGGAGUUUUGUUAUCAUGGGUGCGAAUGAUGCUGCUUAUGGAGCUUUGAUUCCUUAUCUCGAAACAUACUACAACCUCAGCUACACAAUCAUAUCCCUGGUCUUCCUCUUCCCCCUGGUCGGCUACGCCGCAGCCGCCAUUCUCAACAACACCAUCCACAUGUACCUAGGCCAACGCGGCGUGGCAGGCCUGAGCUCUCUAGCACACGUCCUAGCCUACGUUGUGAUCUCAGUGCAUCCCCCAUACCCAGUUCUCAUCAUCUCCUUCAUGUUCGCCGGAUUAGGUAAUGGUCUCGCGGAUUCUGCUUGGAAUGCUUGGAUCGCGAAUUUGGCUAAUGCGAAUGAGUUGUUGGGAUUGUUGCAUGGGUUUUAUGGCCUAGGGGCGGUUCUGAGUCCGUUGAUUGCGACGUCGUUGGUUACGAAGGCGGAUUGGCCGUGGUAUACUUUUUAUUAUUUGAUGAUCGGUGGCGCCGUAAUUGAAUUCGGCGCUACACUCACAGCCUUCUGGACCGCAGAUAAACAUGACUUCCGUAAACAUACCGCAUACAGCAGAGACCAGCAGCAGAAAGAUAAUAUAUUGAAGCAAGCUUUAUUCUCAAAAGCGGCUGCUCGAGUCACAUGGCUUUGUGCCGCUUUCCUGUUGGGCUACGUCGGCACCGAGGUCGCUCUCGGUGGUUGGGUAGUGACCUUCAUGAUGCGAGUGCGUGACGGUGGUGCGUUUGCGAGUGGUAUGACUGCGACUGGUUUCUGGAUUGGAAUUACCGUCGGCCGAGUAGUUUUGGGAUUUGUUACGCCGAGGAUAGGCGAGAGACUUGCUAUCAUAGUCUACCUAGCCCUCGCAAUGGCCUUUGAACUCAUAUUCUGGCUCGUCCCGCAGUUCUACGUCUCUGCCGUCGCAAUCGCCAUCGAGGGCUUCUUUCUCGGUCCCCUUUUCCCUGCCGCCGUCGUGGCUUCCACAAAGGUAUUACCGAAACAUCUCCAUGUUUCGUCAAUUGGCUUCGCGUCUACUCUGGGUGGAAUAGGGGGUUCUAUUUUCCCGUUUGCGGUUGGUGCGAUUGCGCAGUCAAAGGGGGUGCAGGUUUUGCAGCCCUUUGCGCUGGCGUUGUUGGUUGCUGUUCUAGGGUUUUGGUUGCUUUUGCCUAGGAUGCCGAGGAGUAGGGAGUAAGUUCGACCAGAGAUAAUAGGUAUAUUCAUGGAAGGACCGAAAUUGUCGGAGAAUCUUUGCUUUGAAUUGGCAACAAAAUGAGAUGAAGUGCUGUUGCAUUCAUACUAAUAAUGUACGUCAGGGGUGUCAAACCCGACCACAAUAAUCAUCCAAGCUUGACUUGUUCAACAUGAGUAGAUCAAAUCAUAUAAUAAGAUAUUUCUCCGUGAUCUUCCGAGCACCCGCAAUAUUUCCAUUAAGAGCAUAGAUAUUCUGCAAUGCAACAGCCGCCUCUGGUGAGAAAUCUUCCACGAUGAGAUCUUCUUCCGGCUUGUCAUCCCUCGCGAAAUCUCGGACCUUUCCUUUUUCUGCUCCAUUCUGUUCAUUUUGAGACGACUUGAUCUGGUCACCCAACUCCAAUGCACGCUCGUAACACGGCACAGCUUGGUGCAAUAAACCAAGGGAGUGAUAAACACGUCCAUAGUUGAAUUCUACUUCUUGCUGUAGAGUUAACGAAUGAACACUGUUUUGUGUCUUUUCGUUGUCAGCUUUGUCACCGUUGUCUUCGAUCUCACUUUUAGAGCGUGCUCUUCGAUACAAGGACAUGAAUGAUAGUCCUUGUAAAAUCAGGUAAUGUCGGUUAUCCGCCUGCCUUUUGAGAGCAUGGUGGAUAUAACAUAGUGCGAUGGGUAGCAGAAUCCCUGGAUUAUCGGGAUCAAGUGCAAUUGCUCGAUAAUAGUAGUUCAAGGCCGGGUAGAAACUGUUCCCUGAGUAAAGGAUAUUUCCAUAUAGAACCAAAAGAGCGACGUCCAUGUCAUCUGCGGUUAUGGGUUCAGCGUUCUCGCCACGCUUGGUCAGAGACGCUGUCUUUGGCGGAUUCUUCGAGUUCCGCGUUACGAUUGUCAUUGAUUUAUUGGCAACUCCUGACUUCGAUGUCCAUGUCUUUGUUAAAUAAUGAUCUUCAGGUAAGGUGGAGUCCAUGAAUUUAA